AUGCCUAUAUGGUCGCAUAGAAUUGCUUUAUGCGGUAUAGUAGCCAUUGGUGGUGGGUUUAAUUCAAAAUUUAGCGGCUUUUCACUUGUCUUUGGCACCACUUCGUCUUGCAUGGAUCAUAGAGGUAUUCCUCAGCACCCUGCAAGAAUUUGCACCUUGGAGCAAUAUGAUGGAGCUGUCUGCUGGGGUGCUGCUUACUGCAUGCAAGGAGAAGCUGAAAAGGAAAAGGUGGCAAUGGAGUGGCAAAAUGCAGAGGUGGUGGUAAAAUUGGGUUUACAAAUAGUUCCUCUAUAUAAAUCCUCAUCCUUUCUAUGUCAUGAAGAUGAAUCUGUCAUAGAACCGACAAAUGAAGUGAGGAAAGUCCUAGGAAUUGUGAGAGGCUUGUCGAAGGAGAAGAAGUUAUUAUACUCUUAUGUCACUCUCAAGUCUCACAUGGCAUCGUCUUCAACUCUGAAACUGCAACCUGUGCCCGAAGCAGUUGGCAUGGACUAUUAG